AUGGCUGACGACACUGCACCUAAAUCCAUUCCUCCUGCUGAUGCCAAAGCAGCUGUUGUUGAAGCUGAAAAGAAAUCCAAGAAGCCCAUCCGUCAAGCUGUUGGAGCUAUUGUUGUUGACACAACAACCAACAAAGUAUUGAUGCUUUCCAGUCGUAAGCAAGAGGGAGCCCAUCGUCUCCCCCGUGGUAACUGUGACGAAAAUGAAACCCCUGAACAAGCCGUGGUUCGUGUUCUUCACGAUGAAGCUGGUGUUGAAGUGAAGGAAGUCACUGCCAGAGUAGGUACUUACACAGAAGCAAAUAAGAAGGGUAAAAUUGUGGGUCAUCAUUGGAUUUUUGAAGUAAAGGAUCCUGUUCUUCUUGAUACUUGGCCUGCAUUGGAUCGUAAGCGUGUCUGGUUUACCAUCGAGGAAGCCAUUGCUGCAUCUGCCGAUCGUCAUAUCUCUCGCUUAGCACUCCAUAACUGUUCUUUAAACCAUUAA